UAUAACUUUGUGUUUCUCAAUGCAUUAUCAGUUUUUAACUAGCUCUCAUCAAGUCAACAUGUCGCACAUUGUGUAUAGAUUGCUCAUUUUGAAUAUUUUCAUUAUAAAUAUUAAUGCAGCCGUUUGGCUCAAUCCUAAUGCCAAGAAAACAGUCUGUGACGAUGACGGAAAAUGUGAAGAUUUUUGUGAAGUCGACAGCCAAUUGAUUAAGCCCGGUGAGUCAUUCAAGACAAAACACUGUUCAGAAAUAUUUUGUUAUAGCGAUUUCUCGGCUCGCGGUGUUACCUGUGGAAUUGCGGUCCUUGAUGGAUGCAAAAUGGAACCUGAUUAUAAUUUACAGUAUCCGGACUGUUGUUAUAAAAUUUGUAAUGAAAAAGUUCAAUAAAGAAAAUUUUAAAA